AUGUCGGCUUGUAGCCCGUUGCGGUUCAGUGAGGAGGACGCAGUGGUACUGGACCGCUGGAUAGAUGCUGUCUGCGGCGAAGAGAUGCAAUUUCCCGCUCACAGGCGGGGCCAGUUUGCCGCCUACAAGCAACACCUGGAGGGGAUUCGUGCAGCGGACGGUCAUUCGCUCUUCCACCAAAUGUCCCGCUCCGGUACGCGAGAAACGUUAGCCCUGCAGAACGCGCUGUCGGUUUUGAAGCAGUUGUGUAGGUGUGAUAUGGAGGAGACGGAAAAGGUUAGGAAGGAGAUUCAGGCUGUGAAACGCACAUUACAUGAGAGGUCAAUGGCUGUAAAGGAAGAAAAAAUGGACGGAUCCCCCGCACCAUCUCCACAAGUAACAUCGGGAUUUAAUCCUGUUCCCGCUGCAGAGAGCAGCCACGAUGCAUACGAAAGUCCUAUGAAAGUCGCGGAGCGUUACGUUGCGGAGAUUGACCGUCAACGGGAGUCGAACCGCAAGAAUAUGGAAUUGUGCCAUGGGCGGAAACUGAAGCUGCUUGAUCAGCGCAACCGGUUGUUGGAGGAGGAAAAUGCACUUCGUGAAGCGGAACAAUCCGUCACAUCUCAGUUUGAUGAAACGAGUGUGGCACUUGCCAGAAAACGUGACGCGUUGGCGCUGGAGCAGGCAGCGUGGAAGGAGCUGCAGCAGUCCAGCACUUGCGCAGAGGCGCAAGGCGCGGGAAACAUGAACGCUGCAAAGGACGAAGAAGAAGAAGAAGAAGAAGAAAAAAAGAAGGAACACGUGUACGCCCUGGCGGAGGCACGCUCAUUACUGAAUGAGGCAAGCAUCAAAAUUGCACAAACGCAGGCAGAGCUGGGCUACCAGGAUGGUUCCCAUGCGGUGCGUUUUCGUCAGGCGCGUCAGCGACUAAAAGACUGGCAGGAAAUGGCGGAACAAAUUCGCCGCAUACACGACCAGCUGCAAGCACGGACACGCGUGAUUAGCAUGGUGGUCGAAGCCAACGCCGUGGCGCUGGAGGCGGAGAGCGGGCUUGGCCAGUUGGAACGGCUGCGGAAACUUAACCAACUUCUUCUUGAGAAGUCCGCCAAAAUACUUGGCCUGCGCCCUGAAGGGAAAGAGGAAGGGGGAAAAGGAAUCGUCAGCAGUGCGCCUGGCCGGGGUGAGGGGGUCUUGCGAGACCUGUUCACCAGUCGCCAAAGUGUGGCAUCCUCCGUGUCCAUGACGGACGCGGCGAGUUCCUUGUCAACCCCCCGGCGUCGCUCCUCCGUCUCACAGACGACACCAACUGUUGCCGUGACGGACAUCUCUUUUUCGCCUGUGGUCGGUGACGCAAUGAGCCCCAAUGCACACCGGUCGUCUUUGGAAAAGGAGCGGCGGCACCGCCAGGCAUAUGCCCUUUUGACGGACUUGCAGCGAUGGGAAAUGGCGCUGGUAAAGGAGGCUGCAGCGCUUUACGGCAUCUGUGAAAAGGGGAUUGGUUCAGCGUCUGCAACAAACUCUUCGGAGUCACCGAACGCGACUCUACAGGAACUCCGCAGCAUGCUGCUCGAAGCAUAA